CAGCGGGGCAGCGGGGCUCGGAGGCGGCGGGGACGCAGUAGAGGCGGCGCAGCUCAGCCGAGGUCCAGGCAGCCAGGACGAUGGGUCUUGCCCUGUGGGAGGUCCUUGGGCUGCUGUGUGGUGUCUGGCUGUGGGUGAGCGCUGCCCAGCAGAGCACGACCCCAGUAACAGCCACAGCGCAGAGCACCCCAGCUGGCCCCAAGCUGCAAUUCCGGCUGGCUGGCUACCCCCGCAAGCACAACGAGGGGCGCAUUGAGGUCUUCUACAGCCAGGAGUGGGGCACCAUUUGCGAUGACGACUUCACUCUGGCCAACGCCCACGUUCUCUGCCGCCACUUGGGCUUCGUGGCCGCCACUGGCUGGACUCACAGCGCCAAAUAUGGAAAAGGCAUCGGGCACAUCUGGCUGGACAACGUGAACUGUGGUGGCAGCGAGAAGAGCAUUAUGGACUGCCGGUCGAGGGGCUGGGGCAACAGCGACUGCUCCCACGAGGAAGAUGCCGGUGUCAUCUGCAAAGACGAGCGCAUCCCUGGCUUUGUGGACUCCAAUGUGAUUGAGACAGAGCAGAACCAAGUGGAGGAGCUGCGCCUGCGCCCCGUGGUCUCCCACGCCAAGCGCCCCCUGCCCGUGGUGGAGGGCAUUGUGGAGGUCCGCCACCGGGGCAGCUGGGCACAGAUCUGCGAUGAGAACUGGAGCAGCCGCAACAGCCGUGUCAUCUGUGGGAUGCUGGGCUUCCCUGCCGAGAAGAAGGUCAACCGCAAUUUCUACAAGCGGGCCAAGCGAGCUGCCAAGGGCCGGAGGAAGCCAGGCCCCCGGAAGAGGCCGGUCUCCAGGUCUCGCCCCAAACAUAGACGCAGGGAGGACUUUAGGGGCACCAAGAGGCUCUCUGUGGAGCGGCAGCCGCUGAACUACCGCCUGCACUCGGUGGCCUGUCUGGGGACAGAGGUGCACCUCUCCCUCUGCUCCUUCGAGUUCUACAAGGGCAAUGCGACGGGUGUCUGCAGGGCGGGGAUGCCGGCCGUGGUCAGCUGCGUCCCUGGGCCACUAUUUGCCACAGGGAAUGCCCAGAAGAAGAAGAGGCAGCGGCAGCAGGCGGGGCAGCAACGCGUCCGGCUGAAGGGUGGGGCCAAGCCCGGCGAGGGGCGGGUCGAAGUGCUGAAGAAGAGCGAGUGGGGCACCGUCUGUGACGACCGGUGGAGCCUGGCAUCGGCCAGCGUCGUGUGUCGGGAGCUGGGCUUUGGGAGUGCCAAGGAGGCUCUGACGGGGGCACGCAUGGGCCAAGGAAUGGGCCAGAUCCACCUGAAUGAGGUGCGCUGCCUGGGCACCGAGAAGUCCCUUUGGAGCUGCCCCCACAAGAACAUCACGCAGGAGGACUGCAAGCACACAGAGGAUGCGGCCGUCCGCUGCAACAUCCCCUACAUGGGCCACGAAACCAUGAUCCGCAUCGCCGGGGGACGAACUGCAUUUGAGGGGCGCGUGGAGGUGAAGCACACCGGCCGCUGGGGCACCGUCUGCAGCACAGGCUGGGGUACCACUGAGGCCAUGGUGGCCUGUCGCCAACUCGGCCUGGGCUAUGCCAUGCAUGCUGUGACGGAAACGUGGUACUGGGAUGCCAGCAAUGUGACAGAGAUGGUGCUGAGCGGGGUGAAGUGUGGCGGGCACGAGAUGGCGCUGAGCCACUGCCAGCACCACAGCACCCUCAACUGCCCCAAGACGGGCACACGAUUCGCCGCUGGAGUCAUCUGCUCAGAAACUGCCUCGGACUUGCUGCUGCAUGCCCCCCUGGUACAAGAGACGGCGUACAUUGAGGACCGCCCUCUGCAUAUGCUCUACUGUGCUGCAGAGGAGAACUGCCUGUCCAGCAGCGCACGCAAUGCCAACUGGCCCUACGGCCAUCGCCGCCUCCUGCGCUUCUCCUCGCAGAUCCACAACAACGGCCGGGCUGACUUUCGGCCCAAGGCAGGGCGCCACUCCUGGGUCUGGCACGAAUGUCACGGGCACUACCACAGCAUGGACGUCUUCACCCACUAUGACCUUCUGACUUCCAAUGGCACCAAAGUCGCAGAGGGACACAAGGCCAGCUUCUGCCUGGAGGACACUGAAUGCCACGAGGAUGUGAGCAAGCGCUAUGAAUGUGCCAACUUUGGGGAGCAGGGCAUCACGGUGGGCUGCUGGGACCUCUAUCGCCACGACAUUGACUGCCAGUGGAUAGACAUCACCGAUGUCAAGGCUGGCAACUACAUCCUGCAGGUGGUGAUUAACCCCCGGUAUGAAGUGGCAGAGAGUGACUUCACCAACAAUGCCAUGAAGUGUAACUGCAAGUAUGACGGCCAUCGCAUCUGGGUGCACAACUGCCAUAUAGGUGAUGCUCUCAGUGAGGAGGCAAACAGGCGCUUUGAACAGUACCCAGGACAGCUCAAUAACCAGAUUUUGUAGGCCAGACCACAAGCGCCACCGGCUGGCCUGCCCCACAGAAGGGGGGCUGAACCCUGAAAGCCCAUGACAGACAGACAGUGGCUCACCUGGACGGUGCAGAGGCCAGUUGGCAAUGGGCAGAAGAAAACCAGGCUGCUGACUCCAUGUUACCCCCCCUCCGUAGGGAGCUGGGACUCAACUGCAGGGCCAACCCCCCCUCCCCCUAAAACCCCCCACCUCAGAGCUGUUUGUUUUCUUUCCCACAAAUGGGAGCAUCUGACAUGAUGGAGAAAUUGCAGGGGGCGGGCUCAGGAGGAAGGCUGACCACUCCUGCCUGCCCAGGAGCUGCUCCUUCUGCCCCCCUGCACAGCCCCCCCCCUUUCUGGUGCUGCAGGCUCUGAGGCCAGUUCUUGUUUCCUAUAUAAAGUUCAUGUCUUUUGUCCAA